AAUGUACUUCCUGAAAGUGUAGCAUAUGGAGAAGCAGCUCAGACAAGCGCUACGAAUAUGCUGUGGAGCACUCAGGACCUCCUCGGUGGCAGCAAUGCAGGACCCUGCCUCUUUCUCAACGCCUGUGAUUGUAACAUCUUCUCAACCUCCCUGGAGCGAUACAGGAAACCCUGAACAGGUGAUCAUGCUGCCUAAUUGGUCAAACAUGACCCUCCACCUGGAGGACUCUCUGACCCGUGCCCUGGGCCAUUAUCUUGACAACUGGAGCCGGAACUCCUCGAAGGCAGAACAGGCUCUGGACAACACUCUGGCAGAGGAGAACUUCAGGAAUGUCAUAUGGUAUCUGAUAGUGAUGAUCGGAAUGUUUGCCUUCAUCGUCGUGGCGAUCCUGGUGAGCACGGUGAAGUCAAAGCGGCGUGAGCAUUCUAACGACCCCUACCAUAAAUACAUUGAGGAAGACUGGACCGCCCAGCUCCAACAGCAGAGCUUCGUCAUCAACAACCCCACGGCCAACUAACCCAAUGUAUAUUCACCCGCCAUAUACAAACACCAGUGGUGGAAAAGUACCCAAUUGUCAUACUUGAGUAAAAGUAAGGAUAUCUUAAUAGAGAAUGACUCAAGUAAAAGUCACCCAGUAAAAUUCUACUUGAGUAAAAGUCUAAAAGUAUUU